UUAGUUGAGGAAAAAUCUAUGGAGAGAUAUGGGAGAAGUUUCAGAGAUCAGCCAGCUUUUAGUGGUGGGUUCUCUUGGCCACCACGAUCCUACACUUGUAGCUUCUGCAAGAGGGAGUUUAAGUCAGCUCAGGCUCUUGGGGGCCACAUGAAUGUGCAUAGAAGGGAUAGAGCCAGGCUUAGACAAUCUCCUCCUUUGUUGGAUCCCCCUCUUUCUAACCCUAACCCUAGCCCAAACCCUAACUCUUACCCUAGCCCUAAUCCUUUGCCAAACCUUAAUUUUUCACCACCACCACCACCACCAAUUUGUACUAGUGCUAGUGCAAACAAGAUCAGGCCAAUGACUUAUACAUUCCCUUCUCUAUUGUCUCCUCGCACUCGUUGCGAUGCAAUGACAACUAAGGCUUCAUCAGCUACUAUUGUGCCUUCGCCUUUUCGUUUGAGAUGCGAUGAGCUGAAGAAUACAAGAGAAGUGAAGGCCAUAUGCUUCAUGGGAGAUGAAAAGAUUGUUAUGGCAAGGAGCAAGAGAGAGGCAUCAGGGUUCGAUGUGGAGGUUGAAGAGGGUUUGGAUUUAGAGCUUAGACUUGGGUACUCUUAGAUGUUUAUCAUUGACGAUUAGUGAAGCUAUGUCGGGAUAAUUUGCUAACUUAUUUGUCUUCCUGAUCUUUAGGGAUUGAAUCUUUGUUUUGAUAUUAUCUUGCACUAAUAUUGUUAGUUGUGAUUCUAUUUCGUUUAGUAAAAAUAUGAUUUAUGUACCUAGUUGAAUUGUUUAGAGUUUAGAAAUGGUUAGUGGAUGGAAGAGUAUGUUUGAUUGUUCCGUUGCGGACAAAG